CGUCAGGAGCUGUCCCCGGUGCUGAAGCAAGAUGGCCGGCUGCUAGCGCCGGGGCGGGGGCGGCGGCGGCGGGCGCGAGCGCGCGCCGGUCCCCGGGCAGCGCCGCGGUCCCCGGGCAGCGCCCCGCACCGCCACCGGGACCAUGUCUCUGCUCUGCGUCGGAGUUAAAAAGGCCAAGUUCGACGGGCCCCAAGAGAAAUUUAACACCUACGUGACGCUGAAGGUGCAAAAUGUCAAGAGCACGACCAUCGCCGUGCGGGGCAACCUGCCGUCCUGGGAGCAGGACUUCAUGUUCGAGAUCAACCGGCUGGACCUGGGCCUGACGGUGGAGGUGUGGAACAAGGGGCUCAUCUGGGACACCAUGGUGGGCAUGGUGUGGAUCCCCCUGCGGACCAUCCGGCAGUCCAACGAGGAGGGUCCCGGGGAAUGGCUCACGCUCGACUCCCAGGUCAUCAUGACAGACAACGAGAUUUCGGGCACCAAGGACCCCACCUUCCACCGCAUCCUCCUCGACACCCGCUUCGAGCUGCCGCUGGACAUCCCCGAGGAGGAGGCCAGGUAUUGGGCCAAGAAGCUGGAGCAGCUCAACGCGAUGCGGGACCAGGACGAUUACGCCUUCCAGGAGGAGCAGGAAAAGCCUCUCCCCGUUCACGGCUCCCAGUGCUGCAACUGGAAUUAUUUUGGCUGGGGAGAACAGCAGAAUGACGACCCCGACAGCACCGUGGACGACCGGGACAGCGAUUACCGCAGCGAGACCAGCAACAGCAUCCCGCCGCCUUACUACACCACGUCGCAGCCCAACGCCUCCGUGCACCAGUACCCCGUGAGGCCGCAGCAGCAGAGCUCCCGCGACUCCUACACCGACUCCAUGCAGAGCUACGAGAUGGACUACUCGGACCAGCGCCCCGUCAGCCCCACGGGGAGCAGCCGGUACGCCUCGUCGGCGGAGCUGAGCCAGGGCAGCUCGCAGCUCAGCGAGGACUUCGAGAACGAGAGCCUGCGGGACUCGGAGCUGGACGAGCGGGACGGCGACUCCUACCACUCCUGCCACAGCUCCGUCAGCUACCGCAAGGACUCGCCCCGCUGGGAGGAGGAGGACGACGACCUCUACCUGGAGGAGGAAGAGGAGGAGGAGGAAGAGUUCAACGAGGACUACAGCGAGAACGAGGAAGGCUAUGCCGAGGAGGAGGAGGAGGACCUGCGGGACCGGGGGGGUUACGAGCCCCAAGCCCUGGAGCAGGACGCCUACCCGCCGCCCGGGCAGCAGCAGCCGCAGCCACAGCUGGUCCCGCAGCCCAAGCCGCAGCCACAGGAGAGGAAGGAGGAGAGGAAGGAGGAGAAGAAGGAGGAGAAGGAUGCCUCCAUUCCCCAAGAAAGCCCGGAGGCCCUCCAGGCCCAGCGGGGAGUGGACGAAGCCCCUGCGCUGGAGGCAGCGCAGGAGCCUGAGCCCCCGAAAGCAGCCGAGAGGGAGCAGGAGGAGGCGGAGGUGCAGGACCCCAAAGCACGAGCCAAGGCCAACUGGCUGAGAGCCUUCAACAAGGUUUGCAUGCAGCUGCAGGAGGCCCGCGGAGACGCCGACGGAGAAGCCAAGUCGCUGUGGUUCAAAGGCGGGCCUGGCGGCGGGCUGAUCAUUAUAGACAGCAUGCCGGACAUACGCAAGAGAAAACCCAUCCCCCUAGUUAGCGAUUUGUCCUUGGUGCAGUCCAGGAAAGCGGGAAUCACGUCUGCGCUGGCAUCGAGCACCUUGAACAACGAGGAACUAAAAAACCAUGUUUACAAGAAGACCCUGCAAGCCUUAGUGUACCCCAUCUCCUGCACGACGCCCCACAACUUCGAGGUGUGGACGGCCACGACGCCCACCUACUGCUACGAGUGCGAGGGGCUGCUGUGGGGCAUCGCCCGGCAGGGCAUGCGCUGCGCCGAGUGCGGCGUGAAGUGCCACGAGAAGUGCCAGGACCUGCUCAAUGCCGACUGCCUGCAGAGGGCGGCGGAGAAGAGCUCCAAGCACGGAGCGGAGGACCGGACCCAAAACAUCAUCAUGGUGCUCAAAGACCGCAUGAAGAUCCGGGAGCGCAACAAGCCGGAGAUCUUUGAGCUGAUCCAGGAGGUGUUUGGCGUCACCAAGACCACCCACACGCAGCAGAUGAAGGCGGUGAAGCAGAGCGUCCUGGACGGCACUUCCAAGUGGUCGGCCAAGAUCAGCAUCACGGUCGUUUGUGCCCAGGGUCUGCAAGCCAAGGAUAAGACAGGUUCCAGUGACCCGUAUGUUACUGUUCAGGUUGGAAAGACGAAAAAAAGGACUAAAACUAUCUACGGCAAUCUCAAUCCGGUCUGGGAGGAGAAUUUCCAUUUCGAGUGCCAUAACUCCUCCGACCGCAUCAAGGUGCGUGUCUGGGACGAGGAUGACGACAUCAAGUCCCGUGUCAAGCAGCGCUUUAAGAGGGAGUCCGACGACUUUUUGGGCCAGACCAUCAUUGAGGUCCGGACCCUGAGCGGCGAGAUGGACGUCUGGUACAACCUCGACAAGCGGACGGACAAGUCGGCCGUGUCCGGAGCCAUCCGGCUGCACAUCAGCGUGGAGAUCAAGGGCGAGGAGAAGGUGGCCCCGUACCACGUGCAGUACACGUGUCUGCACGAGAACCUUUUCCACUUCGUGACGGAUUUGCAAAACAACGGGGUGGUGAAGAUCCCCGACGCCAAGGGCGACGAUGCCUGGAAGGUGUACUUCGAUGAGACGGCGCAGGAGAUCGUGGACGAGUUUGCCAUGCGCUACGGCGUGGAGUCCAUCUACCAGGCCAUGACGCAUUUUGCCUGUCUCUCCUCUAAAUACAUGUGUCCGGGGGUGCCGGCGGUGAUGAGCACGCUGCUCGCCAACAUCAACGCCUACUACGCGCACACCACCGCCUCCACCAACGUCUCCGCCUCCGACCGCUUUGCCGCUUCCAAUUUCGGGAAAGAACGGUUCGUCAAGCUCCUCGACCAGCUGCACAAUUCCCUGCGGAUCGACCUCUCCAUGUACCGGAAUAAUUUCCCCGCCAGCAGCCCCGAGCGGCUGCAGGAUCUCAAGUCCACAGUGGAUUUGCUGACCAGCAUCACCUUCUUCCGGAUGAAGGUCCAGGAGCUGCAAAGCCCCCCGCGCGCCAGCCAGGUGGUGAAGGACUGUGUGAAGGCCUGCCUCAACUCCACCUACGAGUACAUCUUCAACAACUGUCACGAGCUGUACAGCCGCGAGUACCAGACGGACCCGACCAAGAAAGGCGAGGUGCCCCCUGAGGAGCAGGGCCCCAGCAUCAAGAACCUGGACUUCUGGUCCAAACUCAUCACCCUGAUAGUUUCCAUUAUCGAGGAGGACAAGAACUCCUACACGCCCUGCCUCAACCAGUUCCCGCAGGAGCUGAACGUGGGGAAGAUCAGCGCUGAGGUGAUGUGGAACCUCUUUGCUCAGGACAUGAAGUACGCGAUGGAGGAGCACGACAAGCAUCGCCUGUGCAAGAGCGCUGACUACAUGAACCUGCACUUCAAGGUGAAGUGGCUCUACAACGAGUACGUGACCGAGCUCCCCUCCUUCAAGAGCCGCGUGCCCGAGUAUCCGGCCUGGUUUGAGCCCUUCGUUAUCCAGUGGCUGGAUGAGAACGAAGAGGUGUCGCGGGAUUUCCUGCACGGAGCGCUGGAGCGGGACAAGAAAGACGGGUUCCAGCAGACGUCCGAGCAUGCCCUCUUCUCCUGCUCCGUGGUGGACGUCUUCUCCCAGCUCAACCAGAGCUUCGAGAUCAUCAAGAAGCUGGAAUGCCCCGACCCCCAGAUCGUCGGGCACUACAUGCGGAGGUUUGCCAAGACCAUCAGCAACGUGCUGCUCCAAUAUGCUGAGAUCAUCUCCAAGGAUUUUGCCUCCUACUGCUCCAAGGAGAAGGAAAAAGUGCCCUGCAUCCUGAUGAACAACAUCCAGCAGCUCCGUGUCCAGCUGGAGAAGAUGUUUGAAGCCAUGGGGGGGAAGGAGCUGGACACAGAAGCCAGUGAUAUCCUCAAGGAGCUGCAGGUGAAACUCAACAAUGUCCUGGACGAGCUGAGCCGAGUCUUCGCCACCAGCUUCCAGCCACACAUCGAGGAGUGCGUGAAGCAGAUGGGUGACAUCCUGGGCCAGGUGAAAGGCACCGGCAACGUCCCCGCCAGCACCUGCAGCAGUGUUGCACAGGAUGCCGACAAUGUCCUGCAGCCCAUCAUGGACCUCCUGGACAGCAACCUGACCCUCUUCGCCAAGAUCUGCGAGAAGACGGUGCUGAAGCGGGUGCUGAAGGAGCUCUGGAAGCUGGUGAUGAACACGAUGGAGAAGACCAUUGUCCUGCCCCCGCUCACCGACCAGACGGGCACCCAGAUGAUUUUCAACGCGGCCAAGGAGCUGGGCCAGCUCUCCAAGCUGAAGGACCACAUGGUGCGGGAGGAAGCCAAGAGCCUGACGCCCAAGCAGUGCGCCGUGGUGGAGCUGGCGCUGGACACCAUCAAGCAAUACUUCCACGCCGGGGGCGUGGGGCUGAAGAAGACGUUCCUGGAGAAGAGCCCUGACCUGCAGUCGCUGCGUUACGCCCUGUCCCUGUACACGCAGGCCACCGACCUGCUCAUCAAAACCUUCGUGCAGACCCAGGCUUCGCAGGUUCAUGGUGGAAAAGGUAUUAGGUUUACCCUUAGUGAAGAAAUUUAUCCUGAGAAGGGCUCCGGCGUGGACGACCCCGUGGGCGAGGUGUCCAUCCACGUGGAGCUCUUCACCCACCCCGGCACCGGCGAGCACAAAGUCACCGUCAAAGUGGUGGCUGCCAACGACCUCAAGUGGCAAACGUCAGGCAUCUUCCGGCCCUUCAUCGAGGUCAACAUCAUCGGGCCCCACCUGAGCGACAAGAAGAGGAAAUUCGCCACCAAGUCCAAGAACAACAGCUGGGCCCCCAAGUACAACGAGAGCUUCCAGUUCACGCUGGGCACCGAGACGGGCCCCGAGUGCUACGAGCUGCAGGUGUGCGUCAAGGACUACUGCUUCGCGCGGGAGGACCGCACGGUGGGCCUCGCCGUGCUGCAGCUGCGCGACGUGCUGCAGCGGGCCGCCUGCGCCUGCUGGCUGCCCCUGGGCCGCCGCAUCCACAUGGACGACACCGGCCUCACCGUCCUCCGCAUCCUCUCGCAGCGCAACAACGACGAGGUGGCCAAGGAGUUCGUCAAGCUCAAGUCGGACACGCGCUCGGCCGAGGAGGGCAGCGGUUAAGGGUCCCCCCCCCAACCCUGGCCCCGGCCCCCCCGCCAGUUUCCCAGCCCCUUUUCUACAGCAUCCUCCAGCCAUGGAUAAGCCAUAGGGACCGGCCGCCUGAGGAGCCUCCUUCCCAUCCCCGGGGCACCCGGCGAGACCCGGCCCGGGCAGUGCCGCAGAGGGGACGCGGGGGCCAUGCACAGCCCCCCGGUCCCCCCCUUUUGGCCUGGCAAUGCAGGGCAUGGCCAAGCCAGGCACGUCCCCCCCAUGCCACCCAGGGGCCAAGCUGGGCUGAGCGAGGGGACGCGGGGAUGUGCUGGACCCUGGCAUGGCUGAGGGGACAGAUCUGCCCCUUCCCCAUGUGCCUGGGGUGGGGGGACCCUAACAGCACCCAGUUUUGCAAGGAAGGCACCAGGGUGGGGGGCUUGGUGGCCCGGGGGGGACACAGGACCGGUGCAAUCGCCCGGCAGCCGGAGCGGGGCCGCGUCCCUCGAGCGGGGCUGGCUGCUGCCCGCCGAGCGCCCUGUACAUAUGUGAAUAGCUGUACAUACCCGGGGCGGGGGGCACGGACGCGUCCCCCACCCGCCGCCGCCGCGCGGAAGGGCUAUGGAGGCUGCACAGUCGGCAGUGGCACCGGGGCGGCCACGGCCCCCCCCGAGAGCGGCAGUGAGAAGCCCCCGGCCCGGAUCCCGUCUUCCCUGCCCGCCCCCCCGUAAAGGGGACACAGCUCCGGGGUGCCAGGGCUGGAGGGGGGGACGAGGACCAGGUGUAUCCCGGCACGAGGGAGCCAUCAGGCCAUCCCUGCUCAUUGCAAGGUCCCAGCAGCACCCAAGGGACCUCCGUGGCGCAAGCAAAAUUCCCCCCACCCAAAGCCCGGAGGUUCCCCCCCCACCCGGUUUCCUCUUUGCUGUCAUUUCCCCGUGACCAGUGGUGUGUGUGUCUCGUGCGGGUGGCCGGGUGACGGGGACGUCCCCCAGCUAGCGGGGCUGCUCCCCGCUAGGGCAGACAGAGGCCUGAUUUAACCCCAAAUUCAAUAUACCUCUCCCCCCCCUCCUGAAACAGGGUAUCCCAGCCUGUCCCCUCUCUCCGUCCCUUUUUCUAUAGGAUCCGCCUGGGACCAAAGGGUUUAGCUGUUCACUCUCGUUUCCGUUCAAUGUUUACACCCUUUUUCUAAGUGCUGCUCCCACGCGGCCGGGCUGGGGCUCAGCCCUCGGCCCCCGCACACGCCGCGCACCGAGCCAGCCGCCGGCCCUGCGGCUGCCGGCCCCCCGCCCCGCGCACCCCCUCCCCGAGACGUCCCGUUGGCAUGUGAUUGAACCGACCAACUCUGCUCAUGUAGCACAUUCGUCGACGAUGCCCGUGUGUCUGUAAAUACCCGCCCGGCUCCGCCGGCGGGGACUACCAUGGAUGCAUGACAGUGAGAUGUUUUGCACUAUUUUGACUUUUUUGGGCUCUGUAAAAAUAUUUUAUUAUAACUGACAUUAAAAAGCACACCCUUCA